UAAACAGGAAUGAUAUGCAUCUUAUUUUUUUUACGUUUAGUUACAUAUAUGACUUCUAUUCAAUAGUUAGUACUGUGAUGAUAUUUAAUGGUUGCUGGUUGAGUAAAUUAAAAUAUUUUUUGAAAGAUAUAAAAUAAAUAAAAAUGUCUAAAGAUAUCAUUAUACUUAUUCCUAAUGGCAGGCGUAUAAAAGUACAUUGUACGCCGGACACGAGCUUUUUACAGGUCUUGGAAGAUGUAUGUGAAAAACAGGGAUAUGAGGCCAGUGAAUACAACUUAAAACACCAUAAUCACAUUGUUGACUUAACAACUACUAUAAGAUUCUGUAAUAUACCAAAUAAAGCUACAUUAGAGAUGGUAGAAGCUGACAAAAAGCGAGUUGAAGCUAAUGUUACAGUGGGUCUUUUAUUAGAUGAUGGUGAAAGGAGAACAGCAGAAUUUGCUCCUAAUACCUAUUUAUUUGAUUUGGUGACAUCUCUUGCUGACAAUGAAUUAUCAACUAUGAAAAAUCCCACCAUCAUGUAUAUGAGGCAGGAAGUAAUUGGGAUUUCAGCUCUCAAAGAAAAAACACUAAGACAAUUGGGAUUAAUAGCUGGUAGAGCAGUGCUCCGUUUACUGGAUAAAACAGAAACCACACAAGCCAAUGUAUCAUCAGUGUAUCGUGCUAACCCAGAAAAACCUAAAACGGAAGAUGUGAAUAACAAGGAACCUAUUAAUAUGAACACCCAAGAUCUUUCAGGUACAAGUGGUGAGGAACAAUUAAUUGCAGCACACAAAGACAAAGAUAUGAAAUCAAUUGAUCCAGUGAAACUAUACAAGUCCUUAAAAAUACAACAACAGAAUUCAAUCUCUCUAAAAACUGAUAACAUAGCUGUUAUGAAUAAUAGUGAACAAAACACUGAAAUGGUAAACAGAGAGUCAGUCACAGCAACAAGUUCUAAACGAAAUCUGGAGAGCAAAGCACAAAAAAAAUUAGAGACACAAGAUGAACUCGAACGACGCCUUAAAAUAGAGGAGGAGGUCACUUUUGUUGGCUCUCAAAAAGCAAUUGCAUUUAUGCAACCCCAAGAAAGUCAUGAUGAAUUAUCAGACCUCCCUGAUGAUUUUUAUGAAUUGAGUAUAGAAGAAGUACGAAAAAUUUACCAUGAAUUGCAACAAAAGCGAAUUGAGUUCGAGAAUACACCUCUUUUAACAUCAACAAAAAGAGAGGAACUUGAAAAGCAGGUAUCUCAACAAAAAAUUAAUGCAUAUAGACAUGUUGUAGUACGAAUACAAUUUCCUGAUAACAUGAUAUUACAAGGAGUUUUUACACCUUCAAAUACAAUAAAAGAUGUUAACAAUUUUGUGAAGGAACAUCUACAAAAUCAAGAUAAAGAAUUUCAAAUAUUCACAACACCACUGAAGGAAAGCUUAGAUCCAGAUACAACUCUACUAGACGCAAAAUAUGUCCCCUGUGUGCAUAUGCAUUUUAAAUGGUUGGAAGAAAACUCAGGGCAGACCUAUCUUAAAGAUGAUAUAUACUUAAAACAAACUUCAAGUGAUGCUGCUAGUAUUUUAGCAUCCAAAUACAGAGCCCCUACAAGGCGAAAAUUGGAAGAAACGCAAGGAAGUUCAAACAAUAAAACUUCAACGUCAAAAGAGAGUAAAUUACCAAAAUGGUUUAAGAAAUAGUCUGUUUAUAAAAUAAAUAUAACCAUGUACCUAUAUCGAAAAGUUAAAUGUGAACAUUUACCACAUUGGAAUACUUACUGGAAAAUUAGGAGUUAUUUAUACGAUUAACAUUAUAUAACUAGUUCAUGUUUACUUCAAAUUAAAAAACUGUACAUAUUA